CGAAGCUUCCGAAACGCGGGCAACACCUAUAGAAGCCCCGUAGUCGCCAAUUGGGGUUCUAUCGACCUAGAUGGCAUACCUCAGGUAUGCAUUCGUUAUGGUCAAGGGCCGCACAAGCGCAGAAUUCGUGUCGCUGUCGAUUAUGCCACCAUUCCGCUCACAUAACCGUACGCCGAUCCACGAAUGCGGCCCCGAGACGCAGAGUUUCCCCUGCUGACCUUUUCACCGCGUGUUAUACUACUAUUCUCGGUGCCGCCACCGUUUUCGAUUCGAAAAGGAAAGAGGAUAGGAGACAUGAACUUGAUGAGAGGUUAGAAAAAGCUAGAAAUGCGUUAGGCAAAUUGGGUGUUCAAGAGUCUUCCGACCGACAAGACGACAGGCCCCGCCAACACGACAGCCAUGGGGUGGGUGUGUUGAACGCAAUUACUUCCAGCUCUGCACAUGCAUUGCCACAAGAAUUGGUAGCUCUGUGCAAUAUUGCUCAUCGGCCGCUAUUAUAUUCGUCAUGGCUACAAACCCAACUUGAGUGGGUGCAGAUCGAAGCCGCCAUCGUUGCGGAAGAACAAGAUCUAGAAUAUAUACAUAGAGAACCAAGGUCCGAUCGACAUUUGGAGAUGACAACAUCGACGGUUAUAGGAUUAGUAAAUCAACUAAUAUGGCGGAACCAGACUAACGAAAGCACCCGGAGUCAGGAUAAUCUAGAAAUAAAUGGGACACCAACGGUAGUAGAUGAAUUCUUGAACGAACUUCGAGAUACGCUACGGACGUCACAUUACCCCAGUUACCAUCAACCUUAUGCGGAUGUCGAUGACACCGCAAAGAACCGACUUCUUCUUGGAGAAUCCAUACGCCGCAUUUUUAACCAAGCUACAAGUUCUUCAGAAAUUGUAGCUAAGAUAUCUUACAAUCUCUUGACGUCUAGCGCCCCUCCGAGUAUUCAUACAUAUAAUACUCUUAUCGCUGGCUUCAACCGGAUACAACGCCCUGAUCUUGCCCAGGCAGUUAUCGAUUCAUAUAUUCACCGGACCACUUGGCCUGCCACCCAGCAGACCAUCGUGUGCUUGCUGAACCAUUAUCGAGGAACUGGUCAAGUGGAAGGUCAUCGAGAUAUUAUCCAGCGAAUGAGGGGCGUUAAGGAUGACGGCCUACACUAUCGAAUCAUUGAUAAGAAAGCCAUCUACACGCAAGAAUGGUUAAAAUGGGCCACCGAAAAUUGCGCCUCGCGACGACACGCAUUUGUGGAACGGGCGCAAAGGGAUGAUGCUGUAUUCAACAGUCUCAUUAAAGGUUAUCUCCAUCGCGGAGAACUUCGGAAUGCUAGCAUGGCUUUGGUCGCAUGUGUGCGCGUUGGAGGUUUCGUCCCCGUUCAAACGCUCCAAGACCUUUUUAGUGCUUGCUUAGCAACUGUCGACUACGCAGCAAUACGGAAAUUGGUCCGAGGUUUUGUGAAGAAUAUGCUCAAAUUCAUGGCCAUUGUUAAGAGGAUUGUCAACGAAGAACCAGUAGCGGCGUCUCGCCAGGUGGUGAUAAGUGUUUCUCGUUUAUUAGACAUAUGCUGGUUUCCAGACAUAGAUAUCUUUGGACCUGUCACUGGAACUUACGCUCGGACGCAACAUAGGCUGAGGUCCAUAUUGACUAGAGUUCAAUUUGAACUUGAGAUAAGAGAGACUGCAGCUUUAUACAGGGCUACGCUGAAGGAGAUCCACUCGACUGAUCUAUUGAUUAGUCGUCUUGAGAGAACGACUGCCGCUCUAGAAUCUGCUCAGCGGAGCAGGCGAAAGAUUAUGGAGCCGCUCACCAACUUUUCCAAGAUGGCUAAAAUCCUUUCAAUUGAUGAGAGAUGCCGUGACAUGGAACCAAAAAUCAAGAGCAUAACGUCGAUAAUAAACACGUCUAUCAUCAAAUACAAGACACUCUACGAUUUCGAUCCAACUGGGCUUGUCGCAAAUAAACGACCUUGGGAUUUAAGCUACCCCCAACAAGUUCGACGAAAGUCGAUUAUUAAUGCUCUUCAAAGGAUUCAAAUUUAUAAAGGCCACAUGACGCAAGGGGAUAUCAAGUUACAACUUCUUCAAAAUCUACCCGACCAAGGGCUGGCAAGAAGGCUAGAGAACUCGGGUGGCGCAGAAAACCUAACCAUAUUUACUCUUACAACAUUUUACGCCCCGAAGCUAGGUACCUCCAGGAGAUUACGAGAUCAUAAUUACAGCAAGUCUAUUAGACAACUGGAGCAGGAGCUCACCGACACUGUAGAUACGGCCAAGGCGAUUCUAUUUGCACGCCUGAUCGGUGGGUUUCAGAGCAAGCUGAGGUAUAGACACCCGGACUGGAACAAGAUGCCUCUCGAAAAACUUGUGGAAUAUCACAUGCGGUAUGGCAUCUGCAAGGUUAGAAAGACGAAGCAAACAGAGGGUGUUGGAUCACGCGACCAACAAAACCCCGCAAUAAGAACCAGUCAGGACCCAUCAAUGGUUCUAGAAGACGCGGACGAUGCAAAUACCAUCGUUCCAAGAGGACAUGCAUUAGGUGUCGAUGAGGGGCUAAAUUCAAGCGAGCCGAUCACAAAGCCUCGUUCAAUGGGUCCAUCCGCGUUGCGUGACGAGGAUUCACCUUCGCCCGUCGCGGCUUUGGGAUGAGGAUCCAAGUACAUACAUAGAAGUUGUGGGGUGAAAAUGAGGUAUGCCCUGCAGAAUAAAGGAGACCAUAAUUGGAUCUGGAGAAGCUUGGCAUAAGGACUAGGGAGUCUUGAACCAGGCCUCCGUUCCCCUGUAUAUAAAAAAAUCGUAUACAUAAGAUUACUU